GUAGAAAAGUAACAAUAAUUAGCUAAAUUGCUUAAAUAUACUUUGAAACACUAAUGCCAGGCUAAAGUGGACCGGACCAUACAUUGCUUAAGAUACUGUCAUGGUAGCUGUGUCAUUUCACAACAGCGGACGGUAGGGGGCGUAACGGAACCAUAUAAUUCCGAACUACGCCGGCGGCCACUGAUGAUAAAGCCUACCGUUAUCACACAGUAAGCCUCGAUCGGUUGUAUAUAAACAGCACUAGUGUUUUGUAAAAUUGCAUUUUAGGACGAACCGUAGAAACCUCGACAGUUGAAACGGUCCACGGCAUGAAUGAAUCGCACGUGGAACAGCAGGAACCUAAAAGAACGCCGCAGUGAACCAAGGCAUGAGCCUUCCGAGUAGUCAGAUUUAGUUGGUGAGGUAGGGCAGUGUGACAGGCUUGACGAUGUGUCGAACCUGAUUGGAGUCAUCUUCACGUGAUCUCAAGAACGCAUGACCUGUGGCCUUCUUGGCACAAUUGUACAACUACGUUGAGAGCGUGUCAGGUCGCUUAGGCCACAGGUGAAGGAUCUGGCUCAGGGUGAAGACAGUCAAACCACGAGUGAAGGCUCUGUCGAUGUGUCGGACGUGAUGAAGUGAUCCUCUUUCCGUACAUCUUGACGCUCAGUUGAGGAUUAUUUUUUGCUGUGUGUUAUUACACUUACAGGUUCCUACCGGUCCACGGCACAAGGUCGAGUGUUCUCUUUCUGGACGAGAUUGUUGGACGGAGUGCUCGCGUGGCGGGCGGAAAAUUCUUUCAUCAAGCGGUGUGGUUCGGCCGCCUGCGCGCACACUCCUCGGCAUGGGAGCGAACAUGGGAUGUUCAAACAGCAAGAAGAUGUCGCACGAGUCGGAGUCAGCCAACAGCGGCGACAGCACACCGCCCAAAUCCUCCACACCGUCGGCGUUGGACGAAAGGUUGCCACUUACUCAGAAGCAGAAAUUCUUGCUGUUGAAGUCGUGGAAAGGAGUGGCCAGACAAAUCUCACAGUGCGGCAAAACCAUGCUGAUAAGGUUGUUUAAGGACGACCCCCAGCUCAUGGCCGUCUUCAAUCAGAAAUUCCGCCACCUGAGGGAGAGGGACGCGGACGUCUUGUACCAGGACGCCAUCUUGGACGCGCAUGCGGCGACGGUGAUGGAGGCGCUGCACGAGGCCAUCACCCAUCUAGACGACUCCGUGUUCGUCAUGAAGGUCUUACACGACGUCGGCAAGAUGCACCAACGGUACAACGUCGAUCCAAGCGUUUUCUUGAAAGUAGAAAAGCCGUUCUUGACGGCCGUAAGUGAAGUCCUGGGCGACAGGUACACAAAGAACAUGGAGGAGAUCUACACCAUCACGAUCAAGUUCAUCCUGGCGACGCUGUCGGAAGGCGCGACCAUGGAGCUGACAGAGGACGAGCAGAAGAACCUGGGCCGGCUGUGGCGGCCGCCUGGCAGGGUGCACAAGUUUGUCAGACCCGAGAAGGUGGCCGCCAUUGUAGACGCCCAGUCAGAAGAGAAUGGCGUGCACUGAUCAAAUGGAUUUAUAGGAUUAAUACAGUUGAAGCUUGAACAAACCUCCGGGUUCGGUACGCAGUACUGGGCAAGCCUUCACUCGUUUUGUCUGAGACGUACGUAGGGAGCGAAAGCCGCUGUUCUAACCAACGCACCUGCGCUGUGUACGGAUCAUCAUCAUCUCUGGAGGAGGGAUGGGAGGAGGCAGAAGACUGCUGAUCUAGUGGGCCAGAAUGCUAUAGUCUCCUUGCUUUGUUUCGUUUCACGCUUUUCUUGAACUGAAGCUAAAAAAGAGUUAUUGUCUUAGACUGGAUUUAUUGACAGCAAUGGCAUCAGCGCUAAGUUCACGAUAGCUUAAUGUCUUAUAGUGUUAGAUUUCGUUCACGGGGCGGCUUGCUAUGAGUAUCACAUCAGUACUUACACCUUUGUCGCGCGUUUACGUCACUCACAAUUAAGUCCUUCGAUUUAUU